AAGAAAGUCUGCUAUGAAGUGCUGCCGUUGCCCACGGCCACACUGAAUUGGAUUGGGCUCUAUACCUAGUUGAUUCAGACUGCCUUACGUACUGAGGAAAGGUCUGACAGGUAAUAGUUGCGCAUGCAGCCAACUUCCAUGGUUGCCAAUGCCGUCUCUUCCAUCGGUUCCGCGCUACGAAUACCUCACCUCAUCCUGCGUGCCGUCCUUUUCCUGGUGUCUGUAAAUAUCUGUACACUUCUUCCUCUUACAACUACACACACGAAUUGCCAGAGCCAUCGCAUUGGAAUUCCUCAGCCGUCCCGUCUUAUCCUUCGUCUCCCGUUAUACCCGAGGGCAACAGUCCACAACCUCGACAUACCUUCAGUUAGAACCUACGUAGACAUUCGCUACUAAUCGCCCACGCCACUCAGACGUUCAAUUCCAUCUCGUCCCGCCUCGUCCGCCAUUAAUCUCUUCCCCCGCCUGACAGCAUCCUUGCACGCUACUUGAGUCUGCCGUCGCAACCAA